CCUGAAACCCCUCUACUCGUGGAAAUAACCAUUCAGCUGGACCGCAAGCAUUGUGUGGAUCCACUUCUUCCUUCAUUUGGCGUCAUGAAGCGCAAGAACGACUUCACUCAGGCGCACCGUGCGCCGCCGUACGACAAGGACUUCCGCCACCCGCCACAGUCAUCCGCCGCAUCCCACAUGCCGCCCGCAGACAAACGCCCGUCCACCAUGACGCGUGACAGAUUCGUGGCGCCCGCCAGGAAGCCAGACUUCGUGCAGUCGGCUGUGAAGGCUCGUGCGUACGAGACGCGCCAGGAGUGGAUGUCGAUGGAUGCGUACCAGCGGCAUCAGCUGCUGAUGCGGUGGGUGGGCGGGGGAGCUGGUGGUGGUGGGCAGCAGGGGAGCGAGAAGCGGGCCAAGACGGACUAUGACGCGCUGCGGGAGAACCAUAGAUUUCUUCGGACAGAGGUGAGCUGAGCGGGGAGGGAGGGAGGGGAGGGCAUAGCGUGGUGGCAUACGUGUGUGUGUUUCACUGUGCGUGUCCAUGUCUGUCCGUGUGUGUGUGUGUGUAGGCUGAUGACGAUGGGAGUUGGGAGGCGCGACAGGCGAAGCGCUACUACGACAGGCUGUUCAAAGAGUACGUCAUCUGCGACCUGACAAGAUACAAAUCGAACCAGGUUGGUGACGACACACACAGACCGACAGACACGGACACACACACGGACGAAGCCAAGCCAGACAUCUGUGUGUUGCCUUGCCUGUAUCCAGGUCGGCUUCCGGUGGCGGACCGAGGCCGAGGUGGUGCAGGGUGUGGGUCAGUUCCGGUGCGGCAACAAGCACUGCGACAAGCGGUUCAACAUGCGCACUUACGAGGUCCACUUCAGAUACAAAGAAGCAGGCGCAAUCAAAGAGGUAGGGACGUCACCUGCCGUGCACUCGUGUUUUUCCCUCACUCUCUCUCUCCGUUGCUAUCAGGCGCUGGUGAAGGUGCGGCUGUGCCCCCGCUGCGCCUACAAGCUCAACUAUCGGCACAUCCAGGCGGCCAAGAAGAAGGCCAAGAAGGAGUCGAGGCGCGCUAGACGGGCAGGCAAGGACGCCAAGCCUGAAGGGGAGGGGCAGGCAGAGCCAGUGGUGGUCAAGGAGGAACCAGAGAGCCCGUCUGGCGGGGAAGCCGAAGCCGAAGACGAGAAUGAGAACGAGGCAGCGGGCGAGGCGGAGGAGAGGGAGCCGCCGGAGACCGAGAAGGACAUGGACGAGGUGAGUGAGUGCCGUGGGGAGGGAGGGAUGGGGGGGAGAGAUGGCGUGUGCACAUUUGGCCUCCUCUGUUGUGUGUGGUGUCGUGUUGUGUUGUGUUGUGUUGUGUUGUGUGCAGCUGACAUUGCGUGAGCUGGAGGAGCGUGCGUGGAAGGGUCCGAGGGAGGAGGCCACGCGCACGCGGGAAGACGAGAUGGACGACUUCUUCAGAGACUUGAUACUCUAGCAGACGUCACAUCGACGCAUGGCGUGUGUGUGU